AUGUCAGAAUUUUGGGCUUCACUUUCCCGUGAUCUAGGAAAUGCUCUUGAGGAUUCGGAUGAUUACAAUGUUUUGAUUAAUGCUGCAAAAUUGGGUAGAGUUCUUCCAUCUUUCGCUUCUUACGCGAUUAAUGAUUCUCAAAUUAAUGGACCAUGUUUUGGUGAUGGUGAUUUAUGGAUGACUGAUCAAUUUAAUACAUUAGGAUCUUGUUCAUGUAAUAAAGAAUCUUAUGAACAAAGUGUGGGUGAUAUGUUUCAUAGAGAGUCUUGGGAUUCUUGGAAUGGAAAGAAUGGUACUUUUGCGGUAGAAGAUUAUGAAGUAUUUCAGGUGAUCAAGAAGAAAAGGAAUGAAUAA